CUCUUUGGUGUCGGCCAUUAGUGCGAGCAGGAGGUCACCUUGUGACGGCAACUACUACGCAAAAUGCAGAACGACGCUGGUGAAUUUGUGGAUCUCUACGUCCCCCGUAAAUGCUCAGCGAGCAACAGAAUCAUUGGGGCCAAGGACCAUGCCUCCAUCCAGAUUAACAUUGCCGAGGUCGACAAAGUGACGGGCAGAUUCAACAGUCAGUACAAGACCUAUGCUAUCUGCGGCGCCAUUCGUAGGAUGGGGGAAUCCGAUGACUCCAUUCUGAGACUGGCAAAGAAUGACUGCAUUGUCUCAAAGAACUUCUGAGACGAGACUGUGGAACUGAGGAGACGAGUCGGACAAAAAUAAUAAAAAUGUUGUUAAAAAGAAA